AUGCGCUACUCAUUCACCAUCUACGCCCUGAGCCUCCUCUCGUCGGCUUUUGCCAUCACCGUCACUACCCCGUCAUCAAACACGGUGUGGGAUUUUUCUACUGCCAAAACUAUCAAAUUCAGUAGUGAUUCCAGUGAUCCCUCGGUAAUCAGCAUCAUCCUUCGAAACCAGGAUGGCUCCUUCCAGACCAAAUUGGCAGAUAACGUCAAGACCUCUGCUGGCGAAUACACGACCCAGCCUAACCCUAGCAUUUCCAACGGAGAUGACUACGAGAUCCAGAUAAUUGAUUCUUCUGGCCAGCUCGCCGUCAGUGACAUUUUCACUGUCAAGAAGGGCGCUUCGGAUGAUGGUACCACAUCCUCGUCUUCUUCUUAUUCUUCUUCCACCACCACCUCUACCACCACUUCCUCCUCCUCCACUUCUUCUUCCACGACAUCCAGUACGACCACUUCUACAUCCGUUUCCUCUACCCUUACAUCCUCGGCGUCUUCAACAACCACGUCGUCAACUAGCUCCACCACCUCUUCUUCUUCUUCCUCGUCUUCCACGACCGCGUCUUCCACCUCUUCCGACGCUUCAUCCACCAGUGCCUCCGCCACUACUGUGCAGUCAACUGGGGCUGCGUCGUCUCAGUUCAGCACUCCUAAGGGAGCCAUGGCUGUACUUGGUGCCGUUUUCGCGCUCUUGCACGUCUAG